CGUAGCCGGGGUUGGUGCCGCCAGGGCAGACAAAGAUUUUUGAAGCAGCUUGCUAAAACUUAAUAAUCUUGAUUAAGUUGUUUUUACCCAUAAAUAAUAUGCUGUUUAAAUGUUAGCAACAAAUCGGAACAAAGGAUUGCUUAUUAUCUGUGACUAAAAUAGAUGUUUUCUACUAACAAGAACCGAAGGAUCUUUGAUAAACCCCUUUGGACAUAAGACUGCGUGGUCAUUGAAAUAAUAAUGCAUAGUUGGUGAGUGGCUCCUGGUGUGAAGUACAAAGUGAUAUUUGAAGUGUGGAUAAAAGUGUAUAUGUAUUCAUUUUAAGAGUUGGUAUUUAGAUCUCAUAAGAACUUUGGUGACUCUUCAAAUAUUUAUCUAAAUAAACAAUUUACUUAAAAAAUUAAAUUUGUAAAAUAUUCAAGGCAAACGACGCCGAACCAUUGGCGGUUGCGUGAUCCUGGUUAUGACCCAGAGCUCCCGGCAAAAAGCAACAACGACAAACAAAUAUCUCCCUCGCUACAUAUGCGUUAGACCAUAUUUACAAUAUUUGACAACAUUAGCCACAGCACAUUUCUGAAGUGUUAGUGAAAUAUAAUACUUCUUGCGGAUGCUCAUAUGAUCUAAAUGUAGGAGCAUUGAAAGAAAAGUGAGUGUUAACAUUGAACACUGACAAGAAAAUACCUUUUUUAACAUAAAAAUUAUCUGAUUUCUUAGACAAUGGCCGAUCAUAAUGAAAGUCCAGGUACAACAGAAAAUUCAUUUCCCCAAGAAUUUAUCAACACAACAGACGCAGAGGAGGAAGAAUAUCUUUAUUCUGAACUCCCACACAAUAGCUUCCAUGAUCCGAAUGCAAGCGAGAAUAACAGAAGAAAUCGAACGCUUCAUGAGGUUGAUGUAAGUACCUGUGUGACUACAGCCAACUGAUAUCAUAUCAUCGAUACAUUUCUGUAAAGUUUUAAUUUAAAAAAAAAUAAAUUAAACACAUUCAUUGAACCGUUUAUAUACGCCAGUUUUAAAGUUACUUGCAUUUGUCUUUAUUUUCUUUGUCCAAAGAAGAUUUGUUCUUCUUUAACAGGUUGAACAAAGAGGCUUUGAUUACUAUGGUACUUCAGAGAAUGAAUACGAAGAAAACGGCGCAGCUCGUUCAAGGUUAUUCAAAGACAUCCCCACGACCUACGACGACCGCCGCCUUUACGCGCACUGAAGGCACCGGAAGGUUAAAACUCGUCCAUUCAUUGGACACUACUUCGUCAAAGACUAUCUACGAGCAAUGGCUGCCAAGUCUGCCCGAAAUCAACCGUCACAACCACAUCACUUCCAACCACAUCCGUCCCACCCACAUUCCGCUAGAAUGCAUCCAGCCCAGAUACACAGCUAUUUAAAUGCCUCACCUGCUCCUUACCAAGAUCAAGUUGUCUCGUUGAGACUAACGGAACAACCGGACCCACAAGAACCAAAUGUCGGUGUCGUGUAUGUUGCUACGGAACAGGUACGUAGCUCGAAGAGGGGAUUUAUAAUUACAAAGACUGUGAUCUCCACUAUGCAUGUACGAAUAUCAGAGGGUAGCCUUCCCUACUGUUUAUUGAGCAAGACAAUUUUAUUAAGGGUUUUAUUACGUGCCAUGAUUGUUCAAAAACCAGUAAAAAAACAAAUUUAGUUUCUGUAACAGUAUGAAUUUAGGCAUGCUAAUUUGAUAUUAGGUCAAAGCAACUGGGACACACUAAAGUAUGGAUGAAACGGACAAGGUUUAUGGUCAUGUUGAAAGACCAUGUUGCAAUUCUUGGAAAAAAAAUUGUGCAUUAAAUGUGAGGACGAAAGCAAAGAUAAAUAAUCAAUUCAGAAGUGAACAUAUAAUGUGACAGCUGAAUAAUAGUAGCACAUAGUUAGCUAUUCGAAGUUACUGAUACAAACCACAGUUGUUGACAUACACAUUUUUAAAAAAUAAACUGUAAAUUUUGCUGUUUUGAUUAAAGACUUUCUUUCUAUUCACAAAUAUGUCACGUUUUCACAUCCAUAUACAGCGUAAUUUAUGUCCCCCUCACGCGACCCCAUCUUGCCGUGUCGCGCAUGCACCGUGCUGACAUUCAGAGUCAGUCUCGAAGUCAGAGUCGCGUACCAUCUAGUCGACUCGGAGGUGUCAUGUGGUGUUUGCCUCUUCGUGGCGUGCCUGACUAGUAGGGAGGUUCCCCUCCCUAAGCCAAAAUCUCCGGCAACUUGCAUGACUCCCAACGCAACAGGAGUAAAGCAAUAACAUGAUGACUUGUUUCCGAUAAUGGAUAUGAGGCCUGGGUGGUGGAUUAAAACCCUUGCAGAUGAUUUUAGCUACGCGACCCUGAGAAAGCCGCUUCUACGCGACCGUUUCGUCCAAGCUUUCGUCCCGACCGGACAACUCCCUGGACGGUGGUUGGAGGUAACGCAACACCUUUCCCCCGUAGAGGAAGCAAAGCCAUCCAGACCCAAGGAGAGUGGACUUUGAAUGCCUUAAACGCAGCGUUUUCAAUCGACCGAACGUCUCCCACGUCAGCGGGGAGGUUUCCGACGUGCUUCUGCACGGUCUGGCGGCGGGGAGACUCGGCGUCGGCUCGUGUGGGGCUGUGGGGGGGGGGGUAUUAUGAGCUCGAGCUCAACGACCCACCGAUACCAUCUCCAAGUUACGUUCACACCCAGCGUGCCUCAAGUCACGUCGGUCCCCUUUCUCGUCCCAGCCGAUACUCGUAAUGGUCACAGAACAUGCAAGUCACCUGCAAGUAAUACUUGUUGUCUCACGUGAUCAAGUUGUUCUCACGUUACCCUUAGCCGUGUUUCAAAGUCAGUUCAAUCAGGCGCCUGCACAUAGUGUGACGUCACGAGACGUUUCAAAGUCAGUUCAAUCAGGCGCCUGCACAUAGUGUGACGUCACGAGACGUUUCAAAGUCAGUUCAAUCAGGCGCCUGCACAUAGUGUGACGUCACGAGACGUUUCAAAGUCAGUUCAAUCAGGCGCCUGCACAUAGUGCGACGUCACGAAACGUAAAUUAGUUUUUUUUUGCAAAAUUCUUCUUUUGUCGAGAGUUAGGGAUAAAAAUUUUACUGAAAAAAAGUCGUAAAAAUAAUUGAUUUUAAAAGACUUGUUCAAAUGCAUUAAAAAGUAUACAAUUUCUUAGAAUGCCUACCGCUAAAAGAGUCUGUGCAGAAAAUAAUUCAAAACGUUAUUUUAAAAGAAAAAUAUUAAAGAUUCUUUAAAGAUCCCAAAACCUUAGAGUGCCUUGCUGCCCUUCUAUAUAGACUUUUUUCCCUCCUUUUUGCGUAUUAACAAUUUUCUUCGUUUUUGAUUCUUUGAAUUUUUCCUUCGAGAAGCUAUUUUUUAAAAAAAAGAAGGAAUUACUUUGUGUUAAUUGCCAUAUAAACUUAUUCAUGUUGAAAGGCCUUCGCCGCUCAUGCAACAACGCCUUCCUUAAUUCAACAAUUACUUUUCGAACAACUUUUUCGAACCGAAAACUGAUGUGUCCACAACAGGUUAUUUUCGUAAAAUUGUUGAUCCCUUUAACGAAUAUGUUUGUGUUUGGGAUGGCUUUUUUUGCACAUAAUUUAUUAUGUUUUGAUUUGUUUUGUCUUUAGUAAUAUAUAUAUAUAUAUAUCUUAAUUUAUUUUAUUGAUCUAUUUUUAAUUCAUUUUUUUUUGUUUGGUGCUUGCAGCUACCAAAACGUCCCAAUUAUAUCAGACGAACGAUUGCGUGUAGCAAUUGUCUUGCUUUAUUCUGCUGCUUUCCCAUUGGCAUACUCACCAUUUACUUGUCAUACCAGGUAAUUUUAAUUAUUGAAUAAAAGUGUCUGUUUUUAAUUAAUGGAAGAUGUCACGACCUUUCCUGUUAAGGACGCUCUCUGCGUCGAAUGUUGAGAUCUUCUAUCUUGUCACUCCCACAGCUGCAUAACCACAGCACAGGUGCAUAACUACAGCACAGCUGCAUAACUACAGCACAGCUGCAUAACUACAGCACAGCUGCAUAACUACAGCACAGCUGCAUAACUACAGCACAGCUGCAUAACUACAGCACAGCUGCAUAACUACAGCACAGCUGCACUCGGUCCUCGCUUGAAACCAACAGCGUUCAAUGAAAUUAGUGUUAAACAAUCUUCAUUCACAGGACCCUAUCAUUGCACCCGGCUGUUCACAAAACUUCCUCAAUCAACUACUGACACCUUUACUAAAACCCUACACUCGUAUCACUGACUAACAAAGGACUAGCAUGUUCUCCUCAUUACAAGAGGAGCUCAACAUGGUGACGAAAUUUAACUCAACAAAAUGACAUUGCAUAAUUUUGACCAUUCGAAACCUUUCGUCAUGUCCCGAUCAAAAGCUUAAAUAUACAAACGAAAACGCUCUCAAAUCCAAUUUACGCGUUCUCCAUGUUAAAAAUUCUUGGACAGGUUGCAAAAUUUCAGGCCAUGACGUGGUGAGAACGGCCCAGAACGGUUCCGGCAAGUUGGUCACAGCCCAAAGACUGAAAAACUCCUUGAACGAGAGUCUCAGGCGACGCAAAACUCAAAAACCUUAAAAACCAUAAGCGUUGGAAUAUAAAAAAAAAGUUCCGACGAUCAGGAUGUCAUAGAAAAUACUAUUAAUUAGAUGUAACAAUGUGAUACUGGAUUUUUUAAAUCUUCAAUCACGAGAGGCUCUUGAGUGAUGCACCUAUCCUGGACUAGGGGGCCGAUCCUCCUCUUGUCGAUGGCUGGGGACAGGUUGGUACGAGGCGAAAAGCUAUAUUAUAGUGGCGCCGAGUGUCACCUCCUUGCGAAUAUAAAUUUGGAUAUAUGUGAAACAAUGUGAUUAAGGGGGGGUGGGGGGAGACUGCAAUCCGCUUAGUUCAAAGUAAAUGGGUGAAACAAACUAUGAGAAAAGCUGGGGAGGGGGGAAGGACGCAACAAAACAACGAACGUUAUGACCAAUCACGGUGGACUUACUUUUCUUAUUUUGGCUGCAAUAAACCUUUCACCUACUUAUGUUCUGUCUCCUUCCUCUUGCAGUCCUCUCAGAUACUUCCAUUUAGUAUUUAUUUUUUUCAAUUUAAUUUUGAUUUCCUGUUGUUUAUUCUCUGAAUGAGAUCUACAUUUUAUUCAUCCGCAUGAGGAUUUGCACAGCGGUAGCUAAUCCGUUAAAACUAAAAUGUCUAAGUGUGUUAGUCCAAGUAAAAAAAGGCUCAACAUUUCUAACGAAAGAAAGUUCUGAUAUUUGCUGGACAAUCUCUCGUGCUUUGGUAGGCCCUAUGUCACACAUCCUUUUAAAACAGCUGACUGCACUGUGGCUAUUUGUGUCAAACGUUCAUUGAAGCUUAGCAUGCAUUUUGCAGAUGUCAGCUAGCAAAGCCAGAGACCGGAGCCAACUUACCUAAAAGACCAGAACGCGUGCCCUAUGAAUGGGUCCACAACUAAAGAUAUUCACAGAUCCCUUUUCUAUGGCAGAAUUUCAAAUGGUUCUAGUAAAUUUUAAACCAUUCAUAGAACAAGAGCCUGAUAAGUUAUGCAAUGAUUAUGCUCACUGAUUUUGAAAGCAAAGAAACAGACGCUAUUAGAAAUUAUCAGCAUAAAAUUGAUCACAGGCAUUCUCAAAAAUGCGUGGAACGAGCAUUGAAAUUCUCAAACACCCGAAGAGCUACUAUCGAAAAACUGGGUCAUUUCACUCAAGUCAUGUGUAUGAAAACUAGCGGUACGACUCGUAAACGUAAAAAUUUAUUGGUUUUUGGAACGAACCAACAGUCAAUACGACAAAGUAUAAAUAUAUGUGUCGGCAGUCGAAAUCAGCCAUGACCGUCUUAAUCGUCUUAUAUGUACUAAUUGUGAACUUGACUGUUUAUGCUGAUGAGAGCAUAUCUGACACGAAAUAUUCUUGUGCACUACUAACACACAUAUUCUGGUGAAGGUCUGAGAUUACUCUCUUAAGACCCCGGAUAGUAAAUUGGCUACCAACUCCAUCUGCCAAGCUGAGUCAUACAAUAUUUUCCUCACAAAGGGAUCUCCAACCGCCCUGGCUUCCCCGUGGCAUCUAGUGAAGGACAUUUGAAACCUUGCAAGGGGCGCUAGUGUCUCCGGGACCAGGCUGCAAUGCCAGAAGGUAGGAUCCUUGUUGUUAUCCAGCCACCAGAAAUAUGUGCCAAUGGGGCAAUGCUCGGUGCGCAUUUGCGGCCUAACCCCCACCAUUGGUCUUGUUUGCUAGGAGAUUGCUGGUUUUAAAAUACGCCUCUUUCGGUGGUGCUGUCUGCCCAUUGCCUGUACCACUUCAUCCUGAAAUGGUCCACCAGCCAAUUCUUAGUUCCCAAAGAAGAAUUUGGUACUUCUGGCUGAUGCUGGGUAGCCACGGUUUUCGCCAGAGUGUCCGCUUUCUCAAUGCCACUGACGUUGACGUGGCCUGGGAUCCACUGCACUGUGACAUUGCCUCCUAGUUCACUGAUUUUUGCACACGCCAUCAAAGAUGAUUUCAACUAAGUGAGUGGCGCCUUGUCUCUUUCUCAAGAUCUCAAGAGCAGAUAUCGAGUCCUAGUAAACUAUCAUGUCGAGCCCCCCAAGCUCUUGUGCACUAAAUGCUUUGGAUUGAUGGGACAUUUCCAGGUUUAGAUUAUGGCACUUAGAAAUGAUUUGACCACAAAGUCGAGUUUAUUGAUGAUUAGAAAGAGGCCGAUUUGUGAACGAUUAAGUGCUGUCAGGACGCUGUGGUCAAGUAAUUACAAACGGCUGUUGCUACAAUAGGGAAUGUCCGAAUAAGGAGAUUUCGUGACUGAUUGGAAGGUAAUCUGACUGAUGCAGAAACCGAAGCUAUACAGAUGGCUCUCGGACAAUGGAGCAGAACAUAAGUUGGAAGAAAAGUACUUCCAUCAAUCUUGAUGUUUACUGACUCAAUUGACCGAUGUCCUCAGCUCUCCUCUCUGUGAGUUGGUGUUAUCUAGACACUAACAUUGUUAAAGCUUUCUAAAAAUAGUACGUGGCUUCGAGGUCACAUAGAGGCGGAGUGGUGCUUCCAUAGAUCAUUGAACAAGGGGAGAUAGCCCAAAUGGAAAACGCUGCGUCUCCAGACAGACUGAUCUACCAAAUGGGGUCAAGUUUCAAAGGUCAGUUUCGAGAGUAAUGGUUUCAGUGUUAAGGAAAGAGAGAAAUGGCUCGUAGGCAAUAAUGUAGUAUGCCUUUGUAGAAAAAUGGUUUAGACCGUGGGAACAGAAACAAGUCACCAGAGACUCACAUCGCAAACGAGAACUAAAAACUCUGCAACUCAAUUUUUUUUAAAUUUGUGAAGGCAUUACAACGGUGUUCCACUGUAUUUUAUUAUUUACCUGAUAACGAAAUAUUUGAGCCGGGUCUUUUUCCAGUCUCCAAGUCACCACUAAAACAUAGAUCUCUAGCUUCCUCAGCCACCGAUGCCAAGCAGUAGUGGUGAACGGCACAAGCUCCUCCUUUGUCAAUGUGCAGUCAGGGGUCCCCCAGGGAUCAGUCCUGGGCCCCCGUUUGUUCCUAGAAUACAUUAAUGACCUACCCGAGAAACUGACAUCAGAAGCGAGACUGUUCGCAGAUGACACAGCGGUGUAUAUUACGAUCGCAAACAGAUCUGACCAGGACCAGCUACAACAGGAUCUCAAUCUGUUAGCUGAGUGGGAGAUGAGCUGGGACAUGGAAUUUCACCCUGCCAAGUGCCAGACACUAUCAGUCUGUAGAAGAUGUACUCCUCUACACUACCAAUACGAACUGCACGGCCAUAUACUUGAGCCAGUUUCCUCCGUAAAGUACCUGGGUGUUACCAUUCAAAGAGAGGUCCGCUGGGACGAGCAUAUUAACAAUGUAUGUAACCAAGCAAACAAGACCCUAGGGUUCUUAAGGCAAAAUCUAAAGUUUGGCAACUCCUGUGUAAAAGAAAGAGCAUAUAAAGCCUUUUUCCGUCCAGUUUUAGAUUAUGCAUCUUCAGUCUGGGACCCAUUUACCCAGAAGAGCAUUGACAGGUUGGAGGCGGUCCAGCGACGAGCAGCACGUUUUGUCCUAAAACGCUACAUGAAUACCUCUAGUGUUGGCAGCAUGCUGGAAACACUAGGCUGGUCACCAUUGGAGGAAUGACGACGACAAUCCAGGCUCUCCAUGAUGUACAAUAUAAAUAAUGGGCCGGUCCUCUGUUCCAGCAUUAAACAGAAACUCGUCCCUCUCCCCCAUAGACAGCGACGAGGCUAUGACAGGCAAUUCAGGCUCAUACCAGCAAAAAGCCAGUAUAGGAGCUGCUCAUUCCUGCCUAAGAAAAUCUGGGACUGGAACAAUCUUUCAAAAGGAACGGUUGAAGCGACAACACUAGACACAUUUGUUUCUAUUGCCUCAAGCCUUCAAACCCCUAGUGCAUGAUUCCCUCACAAAGUGGCGCUGGAAAUCAGUGAAAUUUCCUCAUCAGCACCAGUAACAGAAACAUUUCAAAUCCCAUCUACAUGCAUAGGAGCCAAAAUGAUCAAUAAAUUGAUCGUGGGCCCUUAAGAUUUAGAAGAAGAAGAAGACAUCAAGUCUCUCAAAGUGUUACAAAGAUAAGCCUAAAGUAAAAAAAGUUAUUUUUAUCUGUCAUAGUCAGAUAGAUUUUCGAAGUUUAGAUAUGACAUUUCUGGAGUAAAAAUGUUAAAAUUAUCUCUUAUUUAACACGAGAAGUGGUGCGAAGAUGUUGAGAACCUCUGCCCAAGAAUAUCAACAUUUGGACAAGCUGCUUUGUUCAUUGCUCUCAGACUGUUUAAAAAUAUACUUUAUUAAAGGGAUAUUGUCAAUAAAGUAAUGCAAAAUACCAACAUCAAGCUUAUAUUGCUCCAUUUCACAGGCAAAGACUUUGUGGCUCAAAGGCAAUUACAGCAGGGCCAAGUCAUACUACAUAGCAGCACUGAUUCUGGACAUCAUAGGCGUCGUCCUCGGCAUUGUGCUUCCAGUGGUUAUCCUUUCGAUUUUUGGUUUAUAAUAGCAACAAGUUCUCUCAGCAUACGCCUGUAAUGUAUUUACAACAAUAUGGAUAAUUUGUAAUUUGGAACUAGGCGUGGUAAUUUGUUCUCUUAAAG